AAUUAUUAAAUUUUUGUUGGUUAUUCUCUGUAAUUUUUUUAAAGCCAAUGUAACAAGCCAAGAUUUUACACACAUUUAAAAACAAACAAACCUAAAUAUAGAAAACAAAAGACCAGGAAAACAAAAGUCCAAUUACGUGAACCCUAAACUGAAGGAAAAGUUGUAUACAGCACAAACACGUGUCAAUUGAGAAACAGGUUGAAAGACACGUGCAAAGUUGACGAAGUUGGAGUCACCGGCAGAUUGUUGCAACGUCGGAAAGCUUCAAUUCCGACAAAAAGCGCCGGAAAUCUUAUUCAAUCUACAGAUCUCAAUCUUUGCCCAAAGAAACAAGGCAAAAUCCCAAUUUUAGCUUUGUCGAAAAUAUGACUCUUUUUAUUGUAAAUCUGUAAAUCUUCUUCAUCUUCUUCUUCAGUCAACAACUUUUCAACCUUCAAUAAAUUUUGCAGUUCAUGAAACAUAGACUUGCUUUUAUUAAGAAAGCUCUUACGAUCCAAAAUAUUUGUUUCACCAUUGGAAAUCGAAAGAGUCCAAGAAAGAGAAAACAACAGUUAGACCAAACGGUCUGGAGAAGAAGCUAACUUAUCAUCACCGAGAGACCGCUAAAUCUGAAGCGAAAGCCGACCACCGAUGUUGAUUAAACCACCGAUGUCAGAAACAUAGUCGGAUGAAGAUGCAAACGAAGCCAUCUACAGUGGAAGCAAAGCCAGUCUACACCGCUGAGAAAGCCGGUGCAACCAGACGACAAACCCGCUUCAAGCGGGACAAAAGUCACCAGAUUAACACAUUAGUGAAAUCAAAAUUGAUAAGCUUCAUUCUCUCUGAAAGAUGA